GACGCGGAGCCAGCCCGACGUGGCCGGGCCGCCCCCCGCGCGCGCCCUGGCCUCCCCGCGCGGCGUGGCGAGCUGCUGCGCCCCGGCAACCCGGGGCGAGCGGCUCCUCGAGGCGCCCAGCGGCGUGUCCAGCAGCGUGUCGAGCGUGCGGCUGGGGCUGCGGAGGUCGAGCCCCUCCUCCGCGCGCGGCAUCGCGCCCGGCGAGGGGCUGUCGGCGCAGGUGGUGUUGCAGUCACCCCCCCCCCUCAGGACGACGAUCCCCCGGGUCCCCCCGCCAGUGGCGGUGGGCCAGGCCUCCGCCAGGGGCUCGGCGGUCCGACACCAAGUGCCCCGCCCGACGGGGGCCGGCAGGCAGCAGCGGCCCAGUCGCUGGUGGUGCCCCCCGGUGUGGCCGCGGCCCCCGGCGCCGGGCAGGCGGCGGGCGCCCUCGCCACCGGCCCGCCGCCGCCCGUGGCGCUCGCCACGCUGCUGGCCGUGCCGUCCCCGGCCAAGGUGGCCCUGGGCCGCACCAGCCUCGGCAGACUCGCGCCAGGCCUGCUUGGGCAGAAGGACU